ACUCUUAGAGUAUGCUCAGAAGCGAACCUAAAUAUACCCUAGACACAUAAAUAGCGAUUUCAUUAUAUACCGUUCAUGGCUAGGCAUGGUUGAAUGUAAUGUAAAUCAAGACCACUCAUGAUUGUGCAUUCGUUCAUCUCGAGCUCUCUCAUCGACCCUUUGUGAUUGCGAACGAGCUGCUGAUAGCGAGCAACUGAUAGUUAUGGCAAUUCUUUGCCAGGGGAACCACCAGAUGAGUAGAUAAGUAAAAGCACUCCUGAACAGACAGGUAGCAGCGUGCCGUAUCUGCCGAAUUGUUUCGUAUCGAUCUGCGCUCUUAUCGACAAGUAUCACAGCUAUUGCGAAUGCAUUGUCACCAAUUAGGCUCAAAAUAAUCACAAUUGUUUCCUCAAAAAGUGACGAAACAAACGCGAGUAGAUUUACGUAAUCGUGAUGCACGGUUUGCGGUGUAUCUUGGCAUUUCGUAGAGUACCGUCGAAAACCCGUUUCUUUCCAUGUGUAUGUACGCGUGUGCGUACCAAAGAAUCAUGUACUUGAAAGAAAGUAACGUUACUGUGGUGAACGUAAAUGUAUCAAAGAUAUCAUCGGCUGACUUGUCAGAAACAAAUAGCGCCGAUAACGAACAGAAUAGUCACGUGUUUUGGAUCUUGCUGGAUUGUUUCUUAUUCGUUGCGAUUGUAUUGGGGAAUGUUCUCACGAUAUUGGCAAUCACAUGGGCUCGUAGGCUCCGAAACGUCGUUUCAAAUUAUUUUAUCCUAAACUUGGCGGUGUCGGAUCUGAUGGUGGGCGUAACGCUUCCAUAUCAUUUGGCAUUUUACGUGGACGGUACGUUACAUCGAAACAAGUUGGUAUGCAUCUCACGCUUCGUCAUGUUCACCUUAGCGUGCGGUGGAAGUAUAUACAAUCUCAUAGUGAUCGCCAUAGACCGAUACGUCGCUAUCGUGCAUCCGUUGAGCUAUAAUGCAUACGCGACCAAGAGACGCGUGCUACUGAUUAUAGUCAUUGCUUGGAUAUGUACCAUGGGUGUAUCAUCGAUUCCGAUAUAUUGGAAUUUGUUCGAUGAGCAUAAUGCCUCGCAGACGUGCGAAUUGGAAACAGUAUUACCGAGAUGCUACAUAGUGGCUAUACAGAUGCCGGCAUUCUUUCUCAGUUGGAUAGCAAUGUUUCUGCUAUAUUGGAAAAUCUGGAGAGAAGCGUAUAUGCAUGCGCGUCGCAUGAAUCACGGUAUCGUCCCGAACAUUGCUGAGAAAAGCGAUCGUAAAAGCGUACAGGUGGUACUACUGAUACUGGGUUGCUUUUCGAUCUGCUGGUUUCCUUACUUCGUCGUAGCUUGCAUGCGAACCUUUGGUUGGAAAACAAACUCGAUAUCGAUUUGGUACAAAUCUACGUUCGCAUUGGCCAUCGCCAACAGCGGUAUAAAUCCCUUUAUAUACGCGUGGAAAAAUACCAAUUUUCGCAAAGCUUUUCAAAAGAUUUUACAUUUUAAAUCGCCUAAUGUCAAUUUCAACUCGAGCUUCAAAAUGUACUUGGAAAAACAACGUGAGCUAAAGAGUCAGGAAGAUGUACAAGAUAAUCACCAUACAAAUGAAAACAGUUCGCACGAGUGUUGCCCCGAUCUCCAAUCUGAUCGUGCACAAGAGAAUAGAACGGAAAACACGAUUUUUUAAAUUACAUUCGUGUUCAGCCAAAAACUAUCUAAUAAAAGGAAAAAUUGUAAUUGUUAUUUCUUCUUUUUCAAUUUGCACGUAUGCAUCUUUCUUUCUCUUUCUCUCAAUUGAAAAUACAUAUUAAAAUAAAAAAAGGAAAAACUAAAAAAUACGACUAUAAAGAAUUGCAAACACAAAAGAUACUCAUCUGACGCAAAAUUAAAACGUUUCGAGCGCGGUGCAAAUAAAUUUUCAAAAACAAUGCAUUUUUGAAACAUAUUAAAA